UUUAAAAUGUCUCAACACGGCGCUGCUUUACAAGCCUACAACCAAGAACUGGUAAAGUGUUUAGAGGAGAUGAAAAUACGGCGUAUAGAGUUGCAAACACAGAUCGACUCACAGGAAGAAGAAAAAAAUAAUUUGCAAAGGGAAAUAGAGAAGUUGUCUUAUAAAUUAACACGAUUGAAUGACAGCUUAACUAAAACAAUAGCUGUUAGAAACGAAUAUGAUAGAACCAUUUCUGAUACAGAAACAGCAUACAUAAAGAUCUUAGAGAGCUCACAGCUUUUAUUGAACAUGAUUAAAAGGGAAGCUACAAAUUUAGACCAAACACUAAUUAAAGCAAAUAUGGACCAACAACAGUAUCGACCAUAA